AUGAUGACUGGAAUGUUUGUAAAGUAUUUUUGUAUUUUCUCGCCGGCAAUAGCUUCGUUACAGGAUCGAAUUGCCGUUGACAGAUUCAUUUACGAGAAACCUCACUGCGAAUCAGUUAAUGCGUGUCGCGGAAGAAAUGGCUGCGAUGGAUCAAUCCUGUACAACAGAGUAGGUCAAAUCAACCUCGCAAAUUACACAAACUACUUCAACUGCAGAUGGGAAAUCCGCGGCGGUCUCAAUUCGAAGAUUCGAGUGAAAGUGGAAAGCGCGGGAAAUUUCGGAAUAGAAAAUCACCGUUUCUGCGGCUUCGACAGGCUAAAUUUGCAAAACUUUGAAGGAACCAAGAAGUUUGGUAGAAUUUGCUCGUCACCAAGAGGAGAGACGAUCCCCUACAAUGGAAUGGACGCAGUUGAAUAUGGAACUUCUGCGAAUUCAGUGGCAACCAAAAUAAAGUCGUCGGCUUUCCGGAAUGGAGUGACGCUCGAUAGCUCUGAGCUUGUCGUGGCCUUCGAUGCCGACAAUCAAAACACUGGUGCUGGAUUUGUGCUGCAUUACGAAAUUAUUGGAGACAUAGAUGAUCUCGUCGAGGGAGAAUUGACGGAUAUUGGAGACAACUUGGAAGCUGGGCUACUUCAUCUCACGAAGAACAUUGCUUCAAAUCAAAGACGAGAAGCAGUCAGCAAUAGAAUCAGAAAGCUCUUCGCGCUGUAUUCAAAGAAAAUGUCGCAGUGCCGAAACGGCGAUCUGUCCAGUCUGCUGCUGAAUUUCAGCGCCGCUGGAUUCGAGGAAGAAAAUUUGACCAAGGUUCACGAUGAGUGGUACCAAAUAUUCGAAGCGUCUUUUGAAAAGUGCGACUUGCCGAUUAUGAAGAAACAUGGAUCCUUUUCGCAAACGAGUUGGCCAAGGAGAAUUGAGUCGGUGAUCAGAAGCAUGGAGAAACAUUUCAGUCAAUAG